UCACGUUUCCCUCGCAGCCACGGCAGCCCGACGGUGAUGUGCCAGAGCUCCGGCGGGGCCGGGCCCGCACUCCCUGGCCACUCCCCGGCGAUGAAGCUCUCUCCGGUGGCCACGGCUGGGCAGAGCCGGUGACUCCGCGGCACCAUGGCCCUCAACACGCUGCUCGCCGCAGCCCGGUCGAGUUUCAGAGGCUCCCAUCUCCUGGCACACUCCAGCUCCCCAUACUCCCCAGCAGUUGCUUUUGUCCAGCUGGUGGAUUUUCGUUUAACCCAAACCCGUGGAAGAGACUCUGAACACCAGCCAGCACUGCUCUGCUCACGUUUGGGCUCCAGCCACCCUCACCCACCAGCUAAAGCUGUCAGAACGUUUCACACAUCCACCUGCUUGCAGCAGGAGCUCCCAGGAGAACCUCCACCCCAGCCCAGCUCUCUGCCCCAGGGUGCCAAGCCUGCUCCAGCACCCUCAAAACAGGUCACAGGUGCUCCUGUGGGGAAGAAGUCAUUAAGGCACAAACUUGUGGAUGAGCUGAAGCAUUAUUACAAUGGGUUCCACUUGCUGUGGAUUGACACAAAGGUGGCUGCCAGGAUGGUGUGGAGGCUGUUGCAUGGUCAGGUCCUCACGAGGAGGGAGAGGCGAAGGCUCCUGAGAACUUGUGCAGACCUCUUCAGGCUGGUUCCCUUCCUGGUGUUUGUCAUUGUCCCCUUCAUGGAAUUUCUGUUGCCUGUCUUCCUGAAACUCUUCCCUGAGAUGCUGCCCUCCACCUUCGAGACGGAGUCGAAAAAGGAAGAAAAGCAGAGAAAGAAGUUAAAUGCAAAGCUGGAGUUGGCAAAGUUCCUGCGGGAGACGGUUGCAGAGAUGGCCAAAAGGAACAAAGCAGACACAGGCCAAGGAAAGCAGUUCUCCUCUUAUGUGCACCAGAUCCGUCACAGCGGCCACCAGCCCAGCACCCAGGAGAUCGUGAGCUUCUCCAAGCUCUUUGAGGAUGAGCUGACCCUGGAGCACCUGGAGAGGCCCCAGCUGGUGGCUCUCUGCAGGCUGCUCGAGCUGCAGCCCAUUGGCACCAACAAUCUGCUCCGCUUCCAGCUUCUGCUGCGCCUCAGGACCAUCAAGGCAGACGAUGAGAUGAUUGCCAAGGAAGGAGUGGGCGGCCUGAGCGUGUCUGAGCUGCAGGGCGCCUGCAGAGCCAGGGGCAUGCGGUCUCUGGGUCUCUCUGAGGAGCAGCUGAAGGAGCAGCUCGGGCAGUGGCUGGAUCUGCACCUGAAGGAGAAUGUUCCUCCUUCUCUGCUCCUGCUCUCCCGUGCCUUCUACUUAACAGAUGUGAGGCCCCAGUCUGUUCCUGCUCCACACAGCAAGACAGGUGAGACUGCUGGGGUGAUGACAUCUGUCCUGGAAGGUCAGGAGAGCCUGGUGGACCCUGCCCCUACUCUGCAGGGAAGAAAGAAUGAAGAAUUUGUGUCUCAGCCCCCAGGGAAGCCCCCAGCCUCAGAAGUGGCAGUGAAGCCUCCCCCACGAGAGACUCCAAGGGAAGCAUCUCAGAGCAGCAAGGCCAAUGGAGCUUAGCCUGAAGCCAGCAAGGACUGCCUAAGACCAGGACAGAAGAGCUUCAUCUCUGCACCUCCUUGGAGGGGGGGAUUGGUUUCCAGGAGGCUGUGUCACAGGAAAAGGUGUCAGGAGCCCUCAGGGGGCACUUCUGUCUGUUCCAGGCCAUGCCACAGCUGCCUGGGUGGUACCAGCAUCUUCUUUUGUACUGGAUCCCCUACCCCACUGUUUUAACUUGUGCUGUAGUUGGUGUCUGUGCUGUUCCUGACCAGCUCUUUGUGCUCUUAAACCUUACCAGUGGCAGCUUUUCAUUCUCAUCAAGGCCAGGGUGCAGGACAGGCCCAGUGGGAGCCCAGUAAAGCUUGUUCUGCAGUUUGAAGUCCUCUGCAGGCACAUGCCCAGGGCUGCCUCCUUGUCCUGCUGCUCUGCAAGCUCAAGCCCCUGCUCCUGGUCAGUGUGGUUUAACCUCUAACUAAUGGCCAGAGCAGCCCCUGCUGCACCAAGGCACAGGAGAGAGAGGCCCAGCCCCCUGCUCGGUGGUGUGGCUGAGCUCAGCUCUCAGCAGGACUUC